GAGCACUUGGUAUAAAGGGAGUCGAGGCAGCAGUACGGGAGGGAGAGCAGCAGCUUUCAUAUCCGCCAUUUUAAUAAUAUUCGAUAUUCUGGAAUUUUCUUAAACCUGGGAAAAUCCACUUUGCAUAUACAGCCUCCAUUUCUGGUCUGUAUUUUCCACCUGUCAUCACCAUGGCUCUGUUGAUGAAUUACUGGAUGUUUUUGGUUGCUUUGUUUUCGACAGUGACAUGGACCCAUGCCUUGAGAAGAAUCUCCCUGCACAAGAUGCCCUCUAUCCGAGAGACACUGAGGGACAUGGGUGUUUCUGCAGAGCAGAUCCUAAAUGAGUUAGCCGAGAAGAGCGCAGACGACAAAAACGGAACUGUUCCCACCCCUCUAACCAACUACUUAGACACCCAGUACUUCGGGGAAAUCAGUAUUGGCUCUCCACCCCAGUUGUUCAACGUGGUCUUUGACACCGGCUCCGCCAACCUGUGGGUGCCUUCGCAAAGCUGCUCACCUUUCUCCACCGCCUGUUUCACUCACAACAGAUACGAUGCCUCCCAAUCUCGCACUUAUGUUGAGAACGGAACCGGUUUUUCCAUCCAGUAUGCUGCAGGGAAUGUCAGGGGAUUUCUGAGUGAGGAUGUGGUUGUGGUUGGUGGGAUCCCUGUAGUUCAGGUGUUUGCUGAGGCAGCCUCUCUGUCUGCCAUGCCCUUCAUCUUUGCCAAGUUUGAUGGAGUCCUUGGGAUGGGUUACCCAAACGUGGCCAUCGACGGCAUUACUCCCGUGUUUGACGGUAUCAUGUCUCAGCAUGUCCUCACGGAAGAGGUGUUCUCUAUCUACUACAGCAGGGAUCCAAAACACUCCCCAGGUGGAGAGCUGGUUCUUGGUGGCACAGACCCAGAUUACUACAGCGGAAACUUUAACUAUAUGGACACUAAAGAGACUGGCAAAUGGGAAGUCAACAUGAAAGGGGUUUCUGUGGGUAUGGAGAUGAUGUUUUGUGCGGAGGGCUGCACAGCAGUGAUCGACAGCGGCUCAUCCUACAUUACAGGCCCGGCGUCCUCUGUGUCCGCGCUGAUGAAAAACAUCGGAGCACACCUGGAUGAAAGUGGAUACAAAGUCAACUGUAACACUGUCAAGAUGUUGCCCAGUGUCACUUUCCACCUGGGGGGCCAGGAAUACUCUCUCACUUGGGAGGAUUAUAUCUUAUGGCAAACCCAGAUCGAAGCGGACGUCUGCACCGUCACCUUCAGGGCCUUGGAUGUGCCGCCCCCUACAGGUCCCAUGUGGAUUUUGGGAGCCAACUUCAUUGCCCGCUACUACACAGAGUUUGACCGCCGCAAUAAUCGGAUAGGAUUUGCUACAGCAGUCUGAUGGGAAGAUAAACCUAAGCCAUGUUGCUCUGUUUUCUUUUUCUCUAUCUUUGCUGCUAUCUCCUCUUCAUCCAUUUUUCGCUUCGGUUAGUUUUAACGGUAACUCAUGACCAAACUACAUCCGUUAUAUAUAUAUAAAAGGUAAAGAGCAGUGCACAUUUAGGAAUAUCAGCAUCUUAUAUAUUGCAUUAUGUGUAACAAAUGCACUGAAUGCAUUCUAAACGUUUUCUAUUUAUUUAUAAGCCGCAUCUUCCAGCAAAUGCAAAGUGUGUGUGUGCUGGUGUCUGUGUGUGAGACUGUGCUUAAAAUGAUCACAUAGCUACAGUGGAAAACCAUACAUGUGUUGUACUGACUUGACAAGAAUAAACUUGUUUACAUGGAUGUAAAUUAGACCCAAGCCAGACUGCAUUAAUAACUGCAUUGUUUUCCUACAAAUGUGUCUAAUGCAUUUUGUGACCAUGGGAAAGUCAAGUUGAAAACCAAUUGCUGUAUCACAGUAGUCAUGGAAGUAUUUUCACAGCGUGAUGUGUAAUGGUGCUGUUCUCCCACAGAAGUUGCUUCUUUACACUGGGGCUUUAUCUUUGGUAGCCAUCAGUUACAGUAGGAGUGAGGGACAUAUAUGUUGUCACAUAUACAUUUCUUAAACAAAGUUAUUUCUGCUCUAUAGUUUUAAUGCAACCUGUGGUCCCUUUCACUGAGCAAUGGACUUUCUUUCUGUUUUGAAAAAAGCAAACAUUUUAAAUGUUGUAAUCCGAGUAACUCUGUUUAGAGUAAAACUCUUAAUUUUUGUAUCGCAUUGAAGCUCAUCAUGAAAAGCUCUGAACAACAAAAUCCUUAAGGAGUAAACAUUCAUCUUGGUUUGUGAUUUAGGGAUCGACCUGAAAAACACGGUUAUUUCUGCUUACUUAGCAGGGAGAAGAGGCACAAGAUAACAAAACAAUAAAGGCACAUAUUCAGCA